AACGGCGACACCGCGCGAAAGGAACCGGUGGCAGCUUGGUUCCUGCGCGGAUGCUGGGGCUGUAGGCGCCGAGCUUUCAGCUGGUUGCAGCUCCCAGGGAGGAAGACGCCGGGGCUCGCCUUCCCUACGCUGCCUCCGCCACUGCCAUGAUUCCGGUGUCGCUGGUGGUAGUGGUGGUGGGCGGCUGGACUGCCGUCUACCUGACCGACUUGGUGCUGAAGUCAUCUGUGUAUUUUAAGCAUUCUUAUGAAGACUGGUUGGAAAACAAUGGAUUGAGCAUCUCCCCAUUUCACAUAAGGUGGCAAACUGCUGUUUUCAAUCGUGCCUUUUACAGUUGGGGACGGCGGAAAGCGAGGAUGCUUUACCAGUGGUUCAAUUUUGGAAUGGUGUUUGGCGUAAUUGCUAUGUUCAGCUCUUUUUUUCUCCUGGGGAAAACGCUGAUGCAGACUUUGGCACAAAUGAUGGCUGACUCACCCUCUUCUUAUUCUUCUUCCUCUUCUUCCUCUUCUUCCUCUUCCUCUUCUUCCUCUUCUUCCUCUUCUUCCUCUUCAUCAUCUUCCUCUUCCUCCUCUUCUUCCUCCUCCUCCUCACUUCACAAUGAACAAGUGCUACAAGUUGUGGUUCCUGGUAUCAAUUUACCUGUCAACCAACUGACCUAUUUCUUCGCUGCAGUUCUCAUUAGUGGUGUUGUACAUGAAAUUGGACAUGGGAUAGCAGCUAUUAGGGAACAAGUUCGAUUUAAUGGCUUUGGGAUUUUUCUCUUCAUUAUUUAUCCUGGAGCAUUUGUUGAUCUGUUCACCACUCAUUUGCAACUUAUAUCACCAGUCCAGCAGCUAAGGAUAUUCUGUGCAGGUAUCUGGCAUAAUUUCGUCCUUGCACUCCUAGGUAUUUUAGCUCUCGUGCUCCUCCCUGUAAUUCUCUUGCCGUUUUACUACACUGGAGUUGGGGUGCUCAUCACUGAAGUUGCUGAGGACUCACCUGCCAUUGGACCCAGAGGCCUUUUUGUGGGAGACCUUGUCACCCAUCUACAGGAUUGUCCUGUUACUAAUGUACAAGAUUGGAAUGAAUGUCUAGAUACCAUCGCCUAUGAGCCCCAAAUUGGUUACUGUAUUAGUGCAUCAACUUUACAGCAGUUAAGCUUCCCAGUUAGAGCAUACAAACGGCUAGAUGGUUCGACUGAAUGUUGUAACAAUCACAGCCUCACAGAUGUGUGCUUUUCCUACAGAAAUAACUUUAAUAAGCGUUUGCAUACAUGCCUACCCGCCCGGAAAGCAGUUGAAGCCACACAAGUUUGUAGAACCAAUAAAGAUUGUAAAAAAAGUUCAAGUUCCAGUUUCUGUAUAAUACCUUCUUUGGAAACUCAUACUCGCUUAAUAAAAGUGAAACAUCCUCCUCAAAUUGAUAUGUUGUAUGUAGGCCAUCCACUGCAUCUUCAUUACACAGUGAGCAUCACCAGUUUUAUCCCACGCUUCAACUUUCUAAGCAUAGAUCUGCCUGUGGUUGUGGAGACAUUUGUCAAGUACCUGAUUUCCCUCUCAGGAGCUCUGGCUAUUGUUAAUGCAGUGCCCUGCUUUGCUUUGGAUGGUCAGUGGAUUUUAAACUCUUUCCUAGAUGCCACCCUUACCUCAGUGAUUGGAGACAAUGAUGUCAAAGAUCUGAUAGGAUUUUUCAUCUUGCUUGGUGGCAGUGUACUUUUGGCUGCCAACGUGACCCUGGGACUCUGGAUGGUUACAGCACGGCUGUUGGAGCUGUGGAGACCAUAUUGCAGCCAUUAAGCAGUAGAGAAAAGCAAACAUGCUGAGAACGGCAACAUAUGGGAAUGGAAAGAGCCUGGGUCACUGACAGCACUGUUUAGCUCAGGAUGACCAUCUACCUCUAAACUUGUUAGUACAGCUAGAGGGUCUUGAAGGCCAGAGGAAAUUCUUUCUCCCCAACGGUUGGCACAUUUCGAGGUAUACUUUCUGCUCAUUGGACACCUCUUGACCUGACAUUGCUGCAGUUGAGAGAUCCUUGGGACAAUGACAUUCAGCUGGCAGCAGGUGAAAUUUCUUACCAGGUGAAAUUCCAGCCUCCUGGAAUGUCUGUGUGUGGAGGCAAAUGGAGCCAGAGUGGCCCAACUUUGAGAACACAGCUGCAUCACUGUCUCCUGAAAUGGGUUUAACUGAACUGACUUAUUGCAAGGACUGGUCCACCAAGACAGAAUGAUCUACCUGCUCAACUUUUAUACGUGAAGCUUAAGGGAAGUGUCAGAGGAGGGAACUACAGGGGCCAAGGGCAGUACGCUCCAAGAUGGCCCACUGUGGCAUGAACAUUAUUUCGAGUCAAAAGCAAUCAAAACCCAGCAGGUUACAGAGCCCCUGUGAGCGUGAGCUCAUCACAUGGCUGCCCACCAAGAUACUACAUUUCUCAGUCUCCCUUGAAGGUAUCCACAAUUACUGAAGCUGAGAUCAAGGAACUGACACAGGGCAUUGGCCGAAAUCUUCCACCCAGAAGCCCAACUCCUCCCAGGAUGAGGCAGAUUCUCAGAGCCUGACAGAAGGGGGGUCAUGGGACUGGUUGUGUCAAGGGGAAGAAGCUGAAAAUGGAGCCAAAGAAGAUUUUAAAAUCCGAGCUGUGUCAACAUGCAUAAAUUCACUUGCUUUGAAGAAGCUGCAAUGGGAUUCAGGAACCGGUAGUUACUGUUGCUGAGCAGUGUGACUCCAAGUUUAUAAAAGCUCUGCUGCAGACGUCCAAGUUGGCCUGACUACGAAGAAGCAGGUGGACUCAUGUGAAGGAACACACCUGGAGCGGAACAAGCGGUUCUCCUCUCCUGGCAGCGACGGACAGCGUGCAUCACGGGAGCCGCGUCGGACAGGACUGGGCCUGUGGGAGGGGCUUUAGGGGAGUGUUUAAGGAAGCCAGGUGAUCUCUGGAUUGGAUGCUGGCUGGAAGUGAGGGAUUUCCACGGUAGGGGGUCUUCAUGCAUCUUCCCGAGAAGCAGGGAAGACCAGAGAAAGGCUGUGAUGGGUAAAGGAGCAGCAGUCACUCCUAUUGGCCAGGAUUCGGGGAUGUGUGGAGACUGUUGUGGUUUGGACAAGGUUCACUUGUUCUCCGUGUUCGGACAGGAUUACAGAGUGGUCUUGUUUUUGUCUUGUCCCAUCCUGGUCACAGAGUGGCCUUGUCUGAUGUUGGUGUUCUGAGGAAUUAUUUAUGUUCAUCGGAAGAUGGCCCGGACCAGUUCCCAUAUGGCAGGGGCUGCUUUUCUGUGUCAGACUUCACUUUCAGCCAAGAACAGACAAGGUCAGGCCAGAGGAUAUGAAUCCCUGAUAUCCACAUUUUCACCAUCGCCAAGAUUUUGAUUAGGAGGUUGUUUCAAGAGUGUAGGCAGUGGGGGGCUUGGGUGGCUUAGUCGGUUAAGCGCCUGACUCUUGAUUUCAGCUCAGGUCAUGGUCUCACGGUUGGCGAGUUGGAGCUCUGUGAAUUCGUGGGGCUCUGCGCUGGUGGCUUGGAGCCUGCUUGGGAUUCUCUCUUACCCUAUCUCUCUGCCCCUCCCCCACUCGUGUAUGUGCGAAGUCUGUCUCUCCCUCAAAAAUGAAUAAAUAAACAUAAAAAAAAGGGUGCAGACAGUAGUUUGGUAAAUUUCUCCUGCUUUUCUGUUGCAGGAUAUGUUGCUGAAUUAUCUGGUGUGACAAAAGCUGCACAGGAUACACUGGUCAAUUGUAACACAAACAAUUCCCACAAACAAAAUGAUUAUUCAUCCUGUAACAGGAUUUAUCCUGGCCUCCAAGCCAGGGGCCUAGCUUAUAAAACCCAGACAAUGAGAACACAUUCCAGAAUCCAAAUAGGUACUCACAGCCCAGUUGGAGACGUUUAAAGAGGCCUCAAGACUUUGGUUCCUGUUCAUGACCUACCUUUAAUAAUCUUGCCAGGAUUCUGUCAUUGGUAGGUAAUACACUACAUUGUGAGCAUCUUUACAAUAACUCCUAAAAUUACCUCAACAAGACGGCUCCAUUUCAAGGCCCAUUUAUCUCUGAUGUUGCACUAACGUCGCGAAGCAUUGUUGUUAAACUCCACGUUUGUUACAGCUAUCCGAUGAGCUAAUGGCAAAGCAACUCAAGGAAUUUCAUUUCUAUUUCACACCUUGCACAAGCAAGGUGAGGCACUUACACUGGCCACUGCUGCCUGCACCACAGGACACAAGCUGCUGAGCAGGACUGGCUACAUAAUUUGCAGGCUCAGUGCAAAAGGAAAACACCGGGCCCCUUGUUCAAAAUUACUAAGAAUUUCAAGAAAGUGAGAGCAGAGAAACCAAGUGCAGGGCCCUUCUGAGCAUGAGGCCCUGUGCCAACGCAUAGGUUACAUGCCCUAGAGGCCCACCCUGCCACUGACUGGCAAGUGGCCCACUUGAGACCUUUGGAGUCCUACUGUUCCUGCAGUGUGACAAGGGACAACUGUAUCCCCCUGACCUGACUCCAGAGGAGUGGCAAGAACUGGAGAAUAUCCCAGGAUGAAAGCAGGAACUGCAGACUAAGCUGUGGAGACUGAAGGGUGAGACAACAGAAUAGCUCGUGAAAUUGAGAACCUGGGAUCCCAGAAGAAAGGAAAACACGCAGAGCAGCAAACAGGUGGCUGUGGGUGGGAAAAGCAAUUCCUGUGGAGCUUCCGGACGCCCAGAGACUCACAGAAGACUGAUGGGAUGAUGGAAUCAUCUGCCUAGUAAUACUGUCAGUGGAAUAAAGGAGGGCUUCAGUGCGCAGAAAUUGAUGUUCUCUCCUUUGCUACAUCGUGUUGAACACCAGCCAUAAGCCCCAACUCAAAGACAAGCCCACAACGGAAAGGUUCACUGCCUCGAACAGAGGCAUCCGAAAUGGUGGAGCAACUCUGAAAUCUGUAAUUAAAUCAACAUUAACAGUCUUAUCCUCCGA